UGGCUAGUCGUUCCAAAUCAGAUUCAAAUGUUGUAGUGAAAAUGGCGACAGGUACAAUGGAAGGUUCUCUGAGCAAAUGGACUAAUGUUAUGAAAGGAUGGCAAUAUCGAUGGUUUGUGCUUGAUGACAAUGCUGGUUUGCUGUCCUAUUACACGUCGAGGGAGAAAAUGAUGCGAGGGGUGCGGCGGGGGUGCGUGCGCCUGAAGGGGGCAGUGAUUGGCAUUGAUGACGACGAUGACAGCACCUUCACCAUCACCGUUGACUCAAAGACCUUCCACUUCCAGGCGCGCGACAAAGAUGAACGCGAGAAGUGGAUCCGCUGUUUGGAGGACACCAAUCUGCGUCACGCCUUCGGCUACAAGAGCGCUAGCACGCUCAGAUUGGAUGCAGUUAAACCAGCACCCACAAUACAACACUUCGAUAAGAAACUCACUGAGGCAGAUGCUUAUCUACAGAUUCUUAUCGAACAGACCAAAGCUUUGGAGAAGAGAAUGGGACCAAUGGAAGAUGAAGACAAGAGUAGAUGCGAAGCGAUUCUAAGUCAUGCUAAUAUUAUGUUAGAACAAGUUAAACACACCAUUGUACUCCUUCAAAUUGCCAAGAAUACAGCAUAUCCAGUCAAUGGUACUUACAAUCCCUCUUCCGUUGCUGAUUCUGAAAAAGAUUCUCCAACUGGUAUCUCAGGUGACGAGCCUAGCAUUGAAUUAGCAGCAGAGUGCUCAGAAGCUAGAAUACGACAGCUAAUGCCUGUUUACAAUACUGUAAUGGAGCCCCACCACAGCGGUCUCCUACCCAACCUGACCGUUCCAGACACGUCCUACUCGAGUUCCGAAGAAGAAGACUUCUACGACUGCAACGACAACAGUGAACUCAACACACCCACCAACACUGUGCCUCCGCGUAGGUUAAUGGAGCCCCACCACAGCGGUCUCCUACCCAACCUGACCGUUCCAGACACGUCCUACUCGAGUUCCGAAGAAGAAGACUUCUACGACUGCAACGACAACAGUGAACUCAACACACCCACCAACACUGUGCCUCCGCGUAGUGAGAGCACACUGCCCUAUGACUCUUCACGGGUGUCGGCGGGGAGUGGCGAGGGGGGUGGAGGGGGAGCGGCUGGUGAAGCUGUGGCAAGCGACCAGUCGUCGGCGACUGCGACAGCAACUGUCGCGGCGACACCCUCAGCGACACAGCAGCAGCCGAAACAUCGCAACAGUGUUGCCGACUCGUUCAGCCGGCCAGACGGAUCGCUUGACUAUGACCUGCUUUAUGAGGAUCCAACAGAGAGCGAUAUCUCGAUGGAGACACAGGGCUCGGUGGUGACGCACCUGCUGUCUCAGGUGAAGAUCGGCAUGGACCUGACCAAGGUGGUGUUGCCCACCUUCAUCCUCGAGCGACGCUCCCUCCUCGAGAUGUACGCCGACUACUUCGCCCAUCCCGACCUAUUUGUAAGUAUAGCCGACAUGAAGACUGAAAGGGAGCGGAUGGUGGCGGUGGUGCGGUGGUACCUGGCGUCCUACCACGCGGGCCGCAAGAGCUCGGUGGCCAAGAAGCCCUACAACCCAGUGCUGGGUGAGGUGUUCCAGUGCCACUGGGACCUGCCCAGCGAGGAGGUGGGGGUCGAGGUGAGCGAAGGGGCGGCCAGGGAGGGGGGCGACGACCCCUCCACCACCCCGCCUCUGGUCAGCGAUGGACCUGUGCCCUGGUGUCACCGCAAUCAGCUAACCUUUGUCGCCGAACAAGUCUCGCAUCAUCCGCCCAUAUCAGCGUUCUACGCGGAGCACUACAACACUAAGGAUGAAUUGGAGAUGAAGAGGUGUGUUUGGUUGGUGUGUUUGAGGUCGAUCCUGACAGUGCCGUGGAUCGAGCUGGGCGGCUCGGUGGUGAUCAAGUGUGACAAGACCGGCUACAAGGCCAACGUCGAGUUCCUGACGAAGCCGUUCUACGGCGGCAAGAAGCAUCGCAUCACAGCCGACGUGUUCGCUCCCAACGAGAAGAAGCCCUUCCUCGCCAUCGCUGGCGAGUGGAACGGCCAGAUGGAGGCCAAGUGGGCUGAUGGCAGAACCGAACAAUUCAUCGAUGUAGACCAGCUGUCAGUGAUCAAGAAAAUAGUCCGUCCAAUUGAGCAGCAGAGCGACAACGAAUCGAGAAGGCUGUGGAAAGAAGUCACCGCUGGUCUCAAGUUGAACAAUGUGCAACACGCCACUAGCGCUAAAUCUGAAAUCGAACAGCGGCAAAGGAUAGAAGCUCAACAAAGGCGUGACGCGGGAGUGCAGUGGGAAAACAAAUUGUUCUACCCAGAGCCGAACGACCAGUGGUCUUACAAGCACCCGUUGUCAUCCAGGCUUAACUCAACCAGUCACCGAUAGUGACAAGACAGAGUACGCGGAGUUGAUGCUAGAGAGAGUACCUGAACCGGUUGCUGUAUUAUAUUUUUGGUACCAUUUUGCCGGCGAAGAGGCAUUUGAAGAGCGGUUAUCAGAAAAAGAACAUUUUUGUCUUCUGGAUUCAUUUCGAAUUCACGCUGCUGUUGUUCAUUAAAUUCAUUAGACGUCCCGACAAAGUCUCAGUUUUCCAUUAAAGUUCGAAAAUAUCUAGUUUACUAUGAAACUUUUUUACUAGUAAAGUACUAAACUUUUAGUGUUUGUCCAAAAGAUUUGGAAGUUGCUAUUCUUCAACUUAUAGUUCCGAUAAUGAUAAACUGUGUUGCUUUUUCUUUAGAACCUUGAUUCGAAAUUUUGUAACUAUUAUAAAGCACUAUACUAAUAUUGUUCAAUUGAAGUAUGAACGAUACUUCUAUGGAACAAAAUUCUUAAAAAAGAAUAAAUUGAAUAGAAUUGUGUAUAGAAAGGAGUACUUUCAAUCUUCAUUAUAGUACUUUCAAUCUUCAUUAUAGUUUACAUUUAUUGAAAAGAAUUUCGAUAACAAAAUCUUCAAGGAUAUUCAAGAUGAAUCAUUUAUGAAUUUCCUAUCUCUUCUAAUGCUACUGAAAUCUAAUCUUAUUGGCAGAUUGUGUGGAGUCUCACCGAUCGCGUCAAAAUACAUCAAAUGAGAAGUAAUAUUCAUCGGAAAUGUAUAGGAAAAAUAGUCAAAAUUGAAAUAUGCUAAUAGCUGAUUGAGCAUCCUUACCUAAAAUUGAUCAAUGAGUCAUUUCACUUUACGAAGUAAACGAUUCCUAAAUUUUUGGUAAAUCAUAUUCAACGUUUAUUUUAGACUGGAAAUAAAUCUCGUUGAAUUAUUAUUUUAUAAGUUUUCAUAGUUGUUUGACAUUUAAUCAAUUUGUUUGAUUUCAGGGUAUGGGUCAAUUAUCACUAUCAUUUUAUGGAACAUUCAAAUAUUUUCAAACUCCAUUUACACUGGAACAAUAAGUUCAUUCUUUUGAUGAGCAAAAUAUGUUAUAAAACUCAUAAAUUUUCUUUAUUCUAUUCUUUAGAAAUUUAAAUACUAAAAGUUUUGAGGAUAAAAUAAUGUAUUUUUAGUACCAUAAGGAAAAGGAUAUCUGGAAAUUAGUAUGAUUUGCUCCUUGAUAAAAUCAGUACCUACCCCUUACAGGAUCAGUUGGCUUUCACAAACUCAAUACCGUACUCUUAACAAAAUUGAUAAGUUUGAAUAAUUGAAUUUCGAUUUAUGAAAUGUCAAGUUUUUCAAAACCAAUAGCUGAUAGGCUUCUGCAAACUUGGUUGACAAAAUCAAAGCUACAGCCUCGUAGAAUAAUAUAUUUAAUAAGAUUUUUCCAAAUUUAUCGGAAUACCUUUUACGAUUACUCUGUACUAUAGUAUUAUUAUCUAUUGAAGGCAAAAAUCGUAGAUAAAAGUUCUAUUAUUUUCAUCAUAUUGGAAAGGAAUUUCCAUUUUUCAUCAUUCUGCCAAUGUAUAGUAAACGCAUUUUAGCAGAGUUAAUAUAAAUGAAUUCAAAUAUCUUUCCUACUGUUAAGACUUUAGAAGCUUGGUUUCUGUCAUUUUUUUCCAGUCAAUUAUCACAUUUCUAUCAAACUAGUUCAAAUAAUCAAAGUGAAAGUUAUUUUUUUUAACUAUUCAUUUUCUACACUUCUAUCAAUCCGUAGAAAUGCUAAAUUAGCACCACGUCUUUCUCUAUCUAAAAUAAUUGAUAGUCUCUUAGCUAAGCUUCGCUUACUAGGAAAAUUUUCCUUUUUCCUCAAAGU